GAAAAAUGGGGUUCUCUAAAAAUGGCCGAAAUUACCAUUUUGCCAUUUCUGCUCUCCUUUUCUUGAUUUUUUCUACUUCUUCACAGUUCACAUUAUUCACUACUGCUCAAGGUAGAAGAAUAUCACAAAUUACAGUGGACAAUCAUAAUUCCAAGGCAGUGAACGGAGAGCAAGACGACAAGUACUUAGCGGCGGCGGCGAUGAUACUGAGAGCGCAAAUAGGUUCAAGGCCGCCGCGGUGCGAGCGGCGGUGCAGCAACUGCGGCCGCUGCGAAGCCAUACAAGUUCCGACGAACCCACAAAGAAAAAGGACAACGUCGUCGAGGAAUAUUCCGGCGGUAGUUGAUAGUAUGGCCUACGCCAGACGCGGUGGUGAUAAUUCCAACUACAAGCCCAUGAGCUGGAAAUGUAAAUGUGGAAAUCUCAUUUUUAACCCUUGAAUAUUAUUUUUUAUUAUUACUAUU